AUGGCAGUUUAACAGGGGACUUAGGCACAUCUUACUACAUUAGUCCUGAGCUCAAAAAUGCCAGUGAGAGCUUUGAGUAUGAUCAGGUAAAAGUAAAAUUUAAUUUACAUCUUUUACUAAGAUGCUGAUUUGUCAUGAAAGGAGUGUUGAGAAUAAAAAAAACAUUCUUUAUUUUGUGUUACAUAUUAUUUGCCUUUUGACAUAAUCUGGUAACCAGAAGUUUUAGGGUUCUUAGAAGAACUCUUGAAUGUUGAAAAACUUUUUAUUUUUAAAAUAAGGUGCCUUCAUAACCAAGAAUAUGCUUAAUUGCACCUAACACAUAAGUAGAUAAAACUUAGUUUCGACAACUUAGUCUAAGAGAGAUUUCAGUUAGCCACUAAUAGAUCUUCAGAGGUCUUAUAUACUAGUUUGUGGAUGAAAACUCAACAAGAUUUAAAGAAAUAUAUAAUUUAGCAAACAUUUUCUAGUUGAAACAAAAUAUACUUUGACUAUUUUCCACUAGCAAAUGACAUCAAAUUAUAAAGGAUAUUUCUUUAAUUCUUUAACUAAAAUAUAAGUAAAUAAGUAUUAUUAUAGAACCUGCUUUUUAUAGAUUAUCAUCUAGAUCUGAUUACUUAACAAGCAAACUAUGCUUUAUAUUUUCUUGUUAUUUCCAUAUUUUAUAGCUGCUGUUCUUUAUUCUUUAAAAUAUUUAAUUUUAAAAAAUAUUUCUAUGAUAUAUCACUACUCUGCUAUAAUAAUAUAAUAUAAAUUUUAUAUAACUACUUUUAAUUCCAGAAAGUUGACUUAUAUAGUUUAGGAGUCAUUUUCUUUGAAAUGUGCUACAGAAGUCUGCCCACAGGAAUGGAAAGAGAUAGCAUUCUUAUCAAGUUAACAAAGCUCAUGACAUUGCCUGAAGAUUUUACUGGGGAUGAAAGAACAAAUGAGGUUAUUAUACAUAUUUAGUAUGUUCAAAUUUUUAUAAUCUGGAGUGUAGGUGGGCAACUUGAGGCUUGGUAAAAUGUUUAAUCCAUCCUGCAAGACCAUCCGAGAACUAAAUAAAUGUUUUCAUAAAAUUUAAAAAUUGUAAAUAAUUAUCUGUAAAAGCCUUUGAUAAUUAGUAAUCACAGUGUAAAAAGUUCAGCCUGAAAUAAUAAAAUCACAGCACAUUUUAAAAUUAUUUCACAGUUCAUCUAUAUCUAACUUGAAUUGGGGUGAAUUUUAGAAGCCCAUCAUCAAUGACCUAUAUUAAAACUAAAAACGUAGAUUCCUAAUGCAUUAAUAAACAUUGGGUUGGCUAUUUCUCAAUGCUGGUUUCAUAUAGGCCUCAAAUAUCAGCUUGAAGGCUCCAGCUAAAAAUCUUUGCCACUGUUUGACCUCACACAAGGCACUUUUCAUAUUCAUUUAAGGGGAGAUCACUGUUAAUUGGAAUAGGGUAAUAAGGGGAGAGACUGCAAUCAGGUUAGCAAAAUGUAAAAUGAGUAAAACAAAGUAGGGUUAAACCUGAAAAAAGGAACGCAACAAAAAAACGAACGUGUCGGCAGGAAGCCUUUGUCAGCAAACAAAACAACAGAAAAAAACAGAAUAAAAUUAAAAAAUAGCACUUAGCUUAGAAGUAUUAUCUAUUCUAUAUUGUAAAUUGGAAUACUUUGUAAUUAAGUUGUCUUUUUUCUUAUUUUUUUCAAAAGUUGCCUUGUUUUACUGCCUGAAAUGCAUCUUGAGAUUUCAGAGUCUAUAAUUAAAAUCUUCCUCUGAUUAAGACUAAUCACUUGGUUUAAUGCUGCUAAUCACAGCUAAUGUCAUAUUCUGUAAUAUGAUCUAGAGAAAUAUCAUGCGACCUGGCACCAUUUUUUAAAAUCCCCUCAGCCCUCAGCAUAAAAAGGUUGCUCACCCCUGGUCUAUAGAGCGUCAUCUUUUAGAUUUCAAUAAAAUGAGAUUACAAUUUUUUUUUUUUUAUAUUCGCUAUAUGUAGAUUUAAUUGUUUAAAAACCAUAAAUCAUACUGUUUUUAACUACAGUUGUAGGUUUAUUGUGUUAAAAUAAGGAUAUCAAUGAUUUUUAGUUCAUUAUCACAAUCUUCUAAAGAAAUUAAUGGACUUCUAUAACUGUAUUUUUUACCUUUCAGGCAAAAAUAAUUUUAUGGUUAUUAAAUCAUAACCCUAGUUUGCGUCCAACAUCCAAAGAACUCCUCUCUUCAGACUUGCUGCCCCCAGCCAAAGUAGAAGAAACAGAAGUCAAGAAAAUACUUGAUUCAGCUCUUUGCAAUCCCCAGUCUACAUCACACUGUCAAAUCCUUAAAACUCUAUUUGAUCAGAAAAUCUCAGAGCAACAAGAAGUCAGCUAUGAUCACAAAGUAUUACAGGUAUUAAUGAGAACUAGAAUAAUAAGAAACUUAAACCAUGUUGUGAAAUAGUCUUUAGUGGUAAAAUUCUACAAAUAAAUGAAGGUUUGCAAAGGGCUUUAAAGAUAUUUGUUACUACAAGUAAAGUAAUGACUUACACAAAAUUGAAAGUAAUUCAGUCCCUUUUUUUCUACAAAAAAAUGAUUUUAUAGCCAGUAAUUUUUUCCAGGACAUAUUUCCAUUGACGAAAUUCAACCUACUUCAACAGCUGGGAGCAACACUUACUGAAGUUUUCAGCAAUCAUGGGGCUAUUCAAAUUCAACUGCCUCUUUUUAUGCCAGUGUGUUCAGUGUAUGAUGGGGAUAAAACACUUGUGAAAGUGCUGAACCAGAAGGGGAUGGUUGUAUGUGUUCCAAGAGAUCAGAGAGUAAGCAUCAUCUUCUUGUUUUAAUCUAAAUGAUGGGGUGCAAAUGAUGCUUGUUAACACAGUUUAAAGCUAAUUAUUACAUUUUCUAGUUUUAUAAAAUAAAACUGAAUUUAUAGUUUUAUAAAAAUAAAACUGAACAGUUGAGCAAAUUUAGAAACACCCAAUAAAACCUACACAGGUGCUAAAGUUUUUGGCUUUUAAAUCUAGUUUAGAAAAAUAAUAUUAAUAUUUUGUUAUGUACUGUAUUAAGAGCUCAACAAUCAAAUUUUUGUACUUCGGCCAGUGAAAAAAAAAUAGUACCGGGUACCCAAGAUUUAAGGAAAUAAAAAUUUGAUACCAAAGCUGGUAAACAGACCAAUUGACAGUUUAUAAUCCUGCUAUUCUUAAUACAAAAUACAACUUCAACUAUACAAAAUUCUAUGUUUAGUAUAUUACAAUGAUUACGAAAACUGUUACCACACAUGCACUUUCUUAGUCUCAUCUCGCAGCUGCAGUCCACAGCCAGAAGUCUCUAUAAUGUCUCUGUCACCAGCCCACAACCAUUUUUUUUAUAUUUCUUGUCAGGGAGUGUUCCAGAAUAUACAGAACAAUUACAUUACUAAACUAUGGAAGGUCCAGGGGCUUCUAGAAAACACUGGACGUUUCUUGAGUGGUUAAGAAUUGUAAAAAGGAUUAAUUGAACUCACCACACAGUUCAUCGGAAGGCCAUUUCAGGCCAAAACGAAAAAAAGUUUGGGGAUCAGUGGGGAGGGUAACAGACCCUUAAACAAAUGUGUCAACAAAGUAAAAAGUACAGCUCAUGGCCAAGGUCAUGUAAAAAUGUCCUGCAUUCAAGAAAUAAUAAAAUCAACAUAAACAUGAGUAAUUGAAAGAUUUGUGUAUAUAUUUAUAAAAUAGAUCAAGAGAUUCUGUAAGUCGUCAAUGGUGUUUUGAUAUCAAUGGCUAGUAUUAAUUAUUUACUUGUAUGUUGAUAAUAAUAUUAGCAUUCUCAGAGAAGCAAGCCUCAAACGUAGUUCCUUUUUUUUUUCCUUGUUGGUUUUCAACCUCUACAUAUUUAGGUAACGACCUAUUAAUAUGUUAAGUUCCCAUAAAAGAAACUUCACAUUUCCAUAUCUGUUUGCAUAGAAAUAACCUUUAGCAGAAUCAAUUAAAAUUUAAUUUCACUGUAUUCCACCUUAAGAGAAAUGUUAAUGAUUUAGACAACAGAACGAAUUUAAAUGGGUUUGUAUUUUACAAUUCUGGUAUUAAUUUAAUAGCCAUUAAUAAAAAAUAGAAAUAAACCUGGGAAAUAGAAAUUGGCAUCUUACCCUUAAGCGUUACAUUAAACAAUUUGCAGGCAGUGAGGGUUCACAUAAUCACUUAUAUAAUGUCAUGUGAUAUGGCUCUACUAAUGUUUGUGUAGGGUAUGAACUGUCAACAAUGAUAUGUUAUACAAUGUCCGUAAAUCAAAUAAUAAUUACCACUCAACACAUUGUUCUCUUUUAAUAAACAAAUCUGUCUUUAAUAUUAUCAAACAUAUACUGGUCCAAAGUAUAACUAUCAUAGUGUAACUUGUUAGAAGAAACUAAUACUCCUUUCUCUCUGAAGGUUCUGCUCUAACUCACUCAAAAGGUCUGCACACACUUUCUAAACAAUAACAAAUUUUCAAUAUCUCACUGAUAUGUCACUAAUAUGUUACUGAUACAUCAAUUAUGUUACACAGCGAUUUCAUCUUGUCCUAAGGCUUUAUUUGAGGUUAGUUACUGGAUUGCCCUCCCCACUUCAUCUUCAUUGGGACUAUUUUCUAGUUCUUGGUUGAUCUUCACCUGUGAUAACCGAGCAAUGGCAUUAUCAUUUGUAGCAGUUGGACAGUUAAGAAGUUGACAAAAGUGUUCGACCCAUCUGUCUAUAAUCUGACGCUUGCCUGUCAGCAGCUGAGUUCAUUAUUUGUUGAGGACUGUGUUCCAUAGACUUCUUUCAUGACAUCGUAAAAACAUUUGGUAUCAUUUCUAUCAGCAUAGACCUGAAUUUCAUCAGCUUUCCUACUGAGCCAUGAAUCUUGCAUUUCACAAAGUUACUUUUGCACUUUGUGUUUUAUUUUUCUAAGAGCAUCUUUCACAGCACUUGACAACAACAAAAGUUCAACAAUAUUCUAACUAACAAGUUAGACACACCAUGCACACCAAAACAUAACAAUGUGCACUAAUUUCAUUUCAUAUUCUAUACUCGACACCGACAUGGGUUAAGGGGCCAUGAUAUCAGUGGCCAUUGAAGGCUUCAAGGUGUGGACCACAUGCAUCCCUCUAAUCUAAUAAUACAAAUUACACACCUGAUUUAAAAGAGGUUUCCAAGGAACUCCUAAUGCAUAUGUCAGAUUUUUCUUGUUGAAAAUUAGAUUUUUCUUGUUGAAAAUUAGAUUUUUCAAAAGUUUAUUAAAACCAAUGGCUUCAUUAUAUCCUAUAUAAAUAUUUUAAAAAUUGCAUUAGUGGGAAGUACAUCUUCUGUCACAUGAUCUAACCAAAUGUUUUAAAAGUUCAUUUUAAAUUUAUUAGGUUUUUAGGAUCUACUGUAAAAUUUGGAAAACCCAACUUUAUGAAGUUGCAUUUACAUACAAUUUUGAUGUAAAAUACAUAUUGUAAAGUAAAACCACAACAAUAAUACCAUAAAAACUAUGCAUAGAUUGCUAAUUUUGUUUCACCAGGUGCCAUUGGCUAGAUAUAUUGUAAAAAAAAACAUCAACUCAGUAAAACAUUUUGCUAUUGAACAAAGUUUCAAGGAAGAGAACUCCACUACAGUCAUUAACAAUGUUCAUCCAAUGAGAAUCACAGAAUGCACUUUUGAUAUAAUUUCUCCACCUGGCAGGUUGGUUUGAAGUUACUAUAAUUUUUUUAAAAUAAUUAAUAUUUAUUUUUUUUCUUUGCUAAUAUUUCUGUAGUAGAAAUUUUACAACAUGGAGGUGCUAACUCCAUCCCUAACCCUCCUCCUAACUUGGGACAUGCCAUGAUGGGGUCAGCAACAGCUAAUUUUAACUUUAAAUUAAAAAAGUCUUAUUCCAAAACUUUAUUUGCAUUAAUAGCAUUAAAAAUACAAUUAGCUUAAAAUAAUGUCAUGAAUUAGAGUAUUCAUGCUGUUAACAGAAUAGCUAACUGUAAAAUCAAAGCUCACUUAUGAGGGAGAAAGCUCACUAAAAUGUUAUAAAAUUGAUGAGGGAAUUAAUCUUUUAAUUUUUUUAAGAGUUGUGCAUGUAUUUUUAGCCUAAUCCCAGAUGCAGAAGUUCUUGUUGUGAUACAAAAAAUCAUCAACACAUUUCAGUCAUUAAAGGUAAUGAUGCAGUUGAUUUUAUUUGACUAUUGAACUAUUUAUUGUGCAGCUUUUUGCAAGCAUCUAGGGCUUGCAUGAAUGUUCAGAUGAAAAUAUAUCAUUGGAACUUAUCUUAUUUUUGUUAUUUAACCAAUAUAUGCACAUUAUUUGAUUAGUAAAUUUCUCAAGUUCCAGCAGAAUUAGUUAAAUUCCCAAUGGAUUUUGUACCUAAGGGAGAAAAAUAGUGAUGGAGAUACUAUUAAUAAUGACCGCCAUCAUUUAUUAAAACAUUCUUUGUUAUUUUCUCAAUUUUACAGGAUAAAAAGUAUUACAUUCAAAUAAAUCAUGUAUCCCUGCUAAAAGCUGUCUUGUUGCUUCAUGGCAUACCAGAAAAUCUUCACUUGCAAAUUUUCAGUUUGCUUGCUGAGGCAGUAAGUGCUCCAUUAUAUUUAUAAUUAUUUUUAGCAGUAGGAAUAUGGAAGUGUUCAUUUGACUUUGUGUAAUUAUGUUUUUAGCUAUCACUUAAUGAUAAACUCUUCUGAAAUUUUUGUAAUCUUCAUCACCAAUGGCACUACAGUGGCUUGCUCCACAACGUACUUCCAUUCAGACUGAUCUAUGGCUUUUCAUCUCCAUGUAUGGACCCCCAGCUAAUGUAAGCACCCACGUGACAUCAUCGUCACCGUUGACUUCAACUGCCCCUAUAUAGACUGGACCACGCAUACUGCCCACUCUCUGGCAAAGACAACACCAUUCAGCAGCAAUCACUAGUCGACUUAACCUCAUCCUUACAACUGACACAAGUGCAGAAGACACCGACACGUCAAAAUAGCAUACUAGAUCUAAUCUUAAGGCCAACCCCACCCUUGUUAAACAAUUCACGUGUGUCCCAGGCAUUUCCGACCAUGACGCAGUGGUGGUUGACUUCUACUCCAAAGCUGAAAUAACGUGCCAGAAACCCAGGAAAUCUUAAAAGUUCGGUAAGGCAAACUGGGACAAGAUCAAGCUAGAUCUCGCUGUCGCCGAACAGGCUACCCUAAAAAAUUACAAUGAGGGAAAGGAUAUAGAUACACUAUGCUCGACCUUUAAAAAUGUCUUAUCCAACAGCAUUAAUCAAAAUGUCCCAUCAGCGACAGCAAAGAAUCCAUGUAAUCUACCAUGGCUGAACACACGGCUCAAGAAGCUGUUGAAGAGAAAGAAAAGACUAUUGAAGAAACCCCAAUCUACAAACAACGGGACCCUGUACUGUCAGUUCCAAAAACACUGUUGUAGGGAAAUAAGAAGAGAGUUGCAGCACAUAAAUGGAGUCAUUCAAGAAUUCCUCGAAAACAACACAAAACCCUUCUGGCGCUACAUAAAAUAAUAAUAAUAAUAAAGGGUCUUAUAUAGCCCGGUACCCCAGCCUAGGGCUGGGCUCACCGCGCUGUACAUAAAAAUAUUAUCAAAAGAGACAUAAUCAUGAUAUUAAAAUAAAAUACAUUUAUGAAAUAAAGAACAGCAAAAAAAAAAAAAAAAUUUAUAUUCACCCACCCCACCACAUAACUUUUACAAGGCAAACCAUGGACAGCAGCCAGCAAGAUCGUUUAUUGGUCAGAGGAGGGGAAUCACUCAGGGUAGUAUAAUUUAAAAAGAUGUGUUUUGAGUGCAGUUUUGAAGGCCUGGGUGGUUGGUAUAUUUCGUAUGUGUAGUGGCAAAUAAUUCCAUUGUUUGGGGGCGCAGAAAGAGAAAGAUCGUUCACCAUAUGUUUUAGUGUGUGUCUUGGGAAUGGACAGAAUAUGCCUGUCUGCAGAGGAGCAAAGCCGUCAAAAGGGUGAAUAGACAGAAAGAAGUUCGGUCAGAUAGGAAGGGCAGGAAUCCAAGAAAAAGUUGUGACAGAGAACAGACAACUUGUAGUCGAUGCGUGCCUGUAUAGGUAGCCAAUGAAGGGAAUGGAGUAGUGGAGCGACGUGAUCAGGUUUUUUUUGCCUUUAAAACUAGCCUAGCAGGUGAGUUUUGAACUUUCUGCAGUUUUUCUAUGCAGUGUUUUGAUGAACCUGACAGAAGAGAGUUGCAAUAGUCAAGACGAGAGAGAACAAGAGCACAGACUAUAGUUUUUGUAGCGCUAACUGUGAGGUAGUGGCGUAUGGAGCUGAUCUGACGGAUAGCGAUGUAUGCUGAACGACAAAUGUGAGAGAAGCAAGACAAUAUAGAAAACUGACAACUUAUAAGCAAUAGCUAAUGCAAAGGAGAAAUUCACCAAAGGCAGUUUCAAUCUGUCUUCACCAAAAUUUCCACUACGGUCAUAUCAUCCCUAAAACCUUCACCUGGUACAAGAGGUUCCCUGAACAUAAUUGAACCAGGAGUAGCCAAACUUCUCAAAAACCUGAAGCCCAAUAAAGUGCCCAGACCUGACUGCAUCCCGAACAUUGUCCUGAAGACCCUGGCUGACAACAUUGCCCCAACCUUAACCUGCAUUUUCCAAAAGUCGCUUGACUCUGGCAAACUCCCGCUAGACUGGCUUGAUGCAAACAUCACUAGUGCCUACAAGAAAGGUGACCGUCAUAACCCAGCAAACUACCACCCAAUAUCCCUGACCUCCGUCCCAUGCAAACUUCUAGAACACAUCAUCUGCCGCCACAUCAUGAACCACCUUGAACACUACAACAUUUUGACCAACCUAAACCACGGUUUCUGCUCUGGAUUCUCAACAGAAACUAAAUUAAUCAUCACCACCAAUGACCUCUUUGCCUCCUUUGACAAAGGUAACGAGAUCGACAUGGCCAUUCUCGACUUCUCCAAGGCCUUCGACACUGUUCCACACAGCCUUCUUCUACACAAGCUCCACCACUACAGCAUUACUGGCAACCUUCACUCCUGGCUCUCAACAUUCUUAGCACAAAGGACUAUGCAAGUAUUGGUGGAUGGCGUCCGAUCAGGCAAAGCCACUGUAGACUCAGGAGUUCCUCAGAGUACAGUGCUAAGCCCCCUUCUCUUUCUCUGUCAUAUAAACGACCUCCCUGAUACUGUAAAAUCUCAAGUGAGGCUGUUUGCAGAUGACUGUCUUGUCUACAGAGAGAUAAAUUACUACGAUGACCACAACCACCUCUAAGCAGAUUUGAAGUGCCUUAUGAAAUGGAUGGACAGAUGGGGCAUGAAAUUUAACAAAACCAAAUGCUGCACAAUGAGCAUCUCAAGAAAAAAAAACAGCAAUCUAUGUGUACUCUCUAAACAAGACCAUUCUCCAACAUGUAUCAAAUACUCCAUACUUUGGAAUUCUCUUCUCGAAUAAUCUAAAAUGGUCACCCCAGAUAAACAAAAUUAAAAAAAAAAGCCAACUCCACACUUGGUUUCAUUCGAAGAAAUCUGCGCCACUGCCCAACAUCCUGCAAACUCGUCAGUCUGCUACUAGAAUAAGGUGCGAUCUUCUGGGACCCAUAACUAAAGCAAGACGUGGACAAGAUGGAGCGAAUCCAACGUAACGCGGCACAUGACUACUGAUCCACCACUCCUGGCUUCGUCACUGGCCUCUUAAAAAGAUUUUACAUUCCCUCCCUUAAAGUCAGACGAGAAAAGCUCAGUCUAAAAUUCCUCAAUAAAGUGGUCACGGGACUAGUGCCGGCUAUCCCAGCUGACACGUAUCUCACACCACAGAAGCCAGGUCGCUUAAUCAGAGCCAAACUCUCAAUAAACACUGACUCCACCUCUGACAACUCCAUGAGCAGUUGCAUCCGGAACAAUGAUAAAUGCUUCACUGUGCCUCGGUGUAACACAGUCCAAUAUCACAAUCAUUCUUCCCACGAACAAUAAUUGCUUGGAACCAACUGGACAAUGCCGUCGUGGACUCGACAUCAAUCGAGAGUUUCAAGGCUGCCCUGGCACCUGCUAGGAGCUGUUAGGAUAGCGGCAUCUUUUCCCUAACCGUUGCACAUAUGCCUGUACAUGGAUGCAGCAACGUAUCCCAUCAGAAUCAGAAUGUAAAUAAUCCAUCUCUGUCUUAUUCAACCUUUGAGGAAAAUGCUCUAGUCUCUGUCUGUAAACCAAUUUUGCUCCACUAUAUAAUUUUGAUUUUUCUUUCCAGCACAGCCUGCCUUUUUUUAAAAAUUAUUACGACUGUCGCUGGAUUGUCAUACUACUGGUAGGGCCUAUAUUACUGGAUUUGUCAGAAAUCUCCAUCCAUCAUAAUCCAGCUUAGACAUAUCAUUAAAUAUAUUUAUUUUAAAAUGAACACAAAUUUAUUAUUAUUUUUUUUUUGAUGUUGCAGAAAUCUAAGAGAAAGAAAAUACAAGGUUUAUUGAGACAGAAC